AGUCGGACGUUAUUAUUAAAGGGGCCAAAAACAUGGCUGCCCACGAAAGUGACAAUUGGGGACUUUUCUUAGUUACGCAAGAAAAAUAGUAUUAAAAGGAAGGACUGUCAUUUGAAAACAUGGGUUUUAUUAAACACGUGGUGUGCGCCAUGUCCGGCGGCGUCGACAGCUCUGUCGCGGCACUGUUACUAAAGAAAAGAGGUUACAGUGUAACAGGAGUCUUUAUGAAGAACUGGGACUCACUGGAUGAGAGCGGGGUGUGCACCACAGAGAAAGACUGUGAGGACGCCUACAGAGUGUGUCGGACCCUGGACAUCCCCUUCCAUCAGGUGUCCUAUGUCAAAGAGUACUGGCAUGAAGUCUUCAGUAAACUAUUGAAGGAAUAUGAGAGGGGGAGGACGCCUAACCCAGAUAUACUCUGCAACAAGCACAUCAAAUUCAACCAUUUCCACAAGUAUGCUCUCACCACUCUGGGGGCGGAUGCAAUGGCCACAGGCCACUACGCCAGGACGUCGCAGGAAGACGAAGACGUGUUCCAGCAGACGCACACAGCGCCGCCGUCCACUCUCUUCAGAGACCGAUUCGAGACUAGAAAUCCGGUGAGGUUGUACAAAGGAGCAGAUCUCCUCAAAGAUCAAACCUUCUUCCUCAGUCAGGUCUCCCAGGAUGCCUUGCGACAAACCACCUUCCCGCUGGCCGGACUCACCAAAAACUUUGUCAAAAAGAUUGCUGCUGAGGCCGGGUUUCACCAUGUGCUGAAGAAGAAAGAGAGUAUGGGCAUCUGCUUCAUCGGAGAGAGAAACUUUGAAAACUUUAUUUUGGAGUAUCUGGAACCCAAACCGGGGAACUUUGUCUCCAUCGAGGACGGGGCUGUCAUGGGAACACACAAAGGCUGGUUCACUUUGACGCUGGGCCAGAGGGCGAGAAUAGGAGGGCAGAGGGACCCCUGGUUUGUGGUGGACAAAAACACCGAUACUGGAGAUGUGUUUGUGGCUCCGACUACCAAUCACCCGGCUCUUUUCCGUGACACGGUGCGUACAGACCGCUUCCACUGGGUCACGUUUGACCCGCCUCCUGAACUAGUCAAGACCCAGAUGAUGGAGUGUCAUUUCCGCUUCAUCCACCAGAUGCCUCUCACUCCCUGCACAGUGACGCUGAACAUGAACGGCUCUGUGUGGAUCACACUCUCCCAGCCGGUCAGAGCUCUGACACCUGGACAGUUUGCCGUGCUGUACAAAGGAGACGAGUGUCUGGGUAGUGGGAAGAUCAUGCAGCUGGGGCCCAGUGAACACACACUCCAGCGGGGCAGAGAACAGAUGGCAGCAGCCGCGCAGCACAAGGACCAGCCGAGCCCCGAACCAGCCAGCUGAGACGACCGGGGAUGGGCACGAGCUCUGCCUGGUACAUUAGGUAGAGCACACUGUUCACGAGGGAUCAACUGUGACAGGGAGGCCGUUUUAGAGACCCUAGAGGGGGGAUUGUUCUUUAAGUACUUUGAUGUAUUGAUGGGACCAGGACAAGACGCUUUCUGAGGUUAUCUGCUGGCUGCUCAGGUAAACUAUCUGCUUCCAAGCCUGUGUGCUUUGGAGUGGAGACGAGAUGCAAUAAUUUAAAUAAAUAAAUAAAAAAAAAUCAAGCUUUUCUGUCAGUUCACUCGAAUAUCGGAUGUGGUGCUUUGCCUUCAUUUAUGCUCUGAAACUUCUCCAUAGUACAUUCAUGAUGUCAUUAGAUCUGUUUGCUGUGCAUUGCAGAGACCUGCAGCCUGGCAUUAUGGUAAUUAAGGCAAAAAAGACUGGAUAUUCAUGUAUGUAAGUGCUCGAUGUAUUUUCAAUCGCUGCAAUUGUGGUUAUCUUUUGGAAAAUAAGUUGCCAUAACAGAAACUAAAGUCAAGCUCUCUUUUUUUUUUAAAUGUAGAAGAACAAUCCACGGACCUAAACUUUUUGUACGCUGAGUUUUUGUCUCCAUACAGUCAACAUUCUGACCUGUGCUCUGGAAGAAAAGCUGUCUUUGUUAAUGACGCUGGCAGUCAUUAACUCUUCAAAUGGCAUAUUGUUGUAAGUUCUUGUUAAACUACGAACUGUAAAUACUUGAACAUUUACCAGUGACUGAAUAAACCUCAUAAGUGAUGUGUUGUUAAUAUACAAGUUGUACACUGGCUGUCCUGCCGUUAUUGAUCCACAAGGGGGCGCUGUUAUACAAGAUCAACCUGCAGGGUGAACCUGUUCUCGAGUCAGCAUUGUUUUGCACGAUCAGCAUACUGUAUAUUCCUAUGAAUCCUCAUGACACGUAUGUAAGAACAUACUUAUACAAAUGUGACCUCAUCAUGUUUUUUUCCAGAAAUUAUAAAAAAAAAUGUUUUGGACAGUUUGUCAUCUGUCACUGGUUUGGGGGGGGGUCAUAAAGGCUCAAACCAAAAACAGUAAGAGAAUAAGAAAAGGUUCUGCUGAUAUAUCAUCAUGCAACACAUUCA